ACUAUAAAGGGGCCUGCGCCUGGCGUUGUUCAUCGCAGUCGCUCGGGAUCUUUGCACGCACUCCACGGGCAGUUGGAGGUGAGCUGCUGCCGGCCACGCCAGAGGCUGCAACACCAGACAUGGAUGGGCACAAAAAAGAGCUGCCCCGCUUGCAAGAGCCGGAGGAGGACGAGGAUUGUUACAUCCUUAAUGUUCAGUCAAGCAGUGAUGACACCAGUGGGUCUUCUGUGGCCAGAAGAGCUCCGAAGAGACAGGCGAGUUGCAUCCUUAAUGUCCAGUCAAGGAGUGAUGACACCAGUGGGUCUUCUGUGGCCAGAAGAGCUCCGAAGAGACAGGCGAGCUCCGUGGUAGUGAUUGACUCUGAUUCUGAUGAGGAAUGUCACACCCAUGAGGAGAAGAAAGCUAAGUUAUUGGAAAUAAACAGCGACGAUGAGAGUCCGGAGUGUUGUCAUGUGAAGCCUGCCAUCCAGGAACCUCCAAUAGUUAUUAGUGAUGAUGACAAUGACGAUGACAACGGUAAUGAUUUGGAAGUUCCCGACGACAACAGUGAUGAUUCAGAAGCUCCCGACGACAACAGUGAUGAUUCGGAAGCUCCUGACGACAACAGUGAUGAUUCGGAAGCUCCCGACGACAACAGUGAUGAUUCGGAAGCUCCCGACGACGAUAGUGAUGAUUCGGAUGUUCCCGACGACAACAGUGAUGAUUCAUCCGACGACAGCAGUGAUGAUUCAUCCGACGACAACAGUGAUGAUUCGGAUGUUCCCGACGACAAGAGUGAUGAUUCGGAUGUUUCCGACGACAAGAGUGAUGAUUCGGAUGUUCCCGACGACAGCAGUGAUGAUUCGGAAGCUCCCGACGACAGCAGUGAUGAUUCGGAAGCUUCCGACGACAGCAGUGAUGAUUCGGAAGCUUCCGACGACAGCAGUGAUGAUUCGGAUGUUCCCGACGACAAGAGUGAUGAUUCGGAUGUUCCCGAUGACAAUAGUGAUGAUUUGGAAGUUCCUGUGCCAGCAGAAGAUUUGUGUAAUGAAGGCCAAAUUGCCUCAGAUGAAGAAGAGCUGGAUGAGGCUGCUGCUGCUGUCUCCCAGCAUGAUUCAUCUGAUGAUGCUGGUGAGCAGGAUCUUGGUGAGAAUCUCAGCAAACCACCAAGUGAUCCUGAGGCUAACCUUGAAGUUUCAGAGAGAAAGCUGCCAACUGAGGAAGAGCCUGCACCUGUGGUGGAACAAUCAGGGAAAAGGAAGUCAAAAACCAAAACUAUCAUGGAGCCCCUAAAACAACAGAAGGCAAAAACCAAAACUAUUGUGGAGCCACCGAGGAAAAGGCAGACAAAGACCAAAAAUAUAGUGGAGCCACCGAGGAAAAGGCAGACAAAGACCAAAAAUAUAGUGGAGCCACCAAGGAAAAGGCAGACAAAGACCAAAAAUAUAGUGGAGCCACCGAGGAAGAGGCAGACAAAGACCAAAAAUAUAGUGGAGCCACCAAGGAAAAGGCAGACAAAGACCAAAAAUAUAGUGGAGCCACUGAGGAAGAGGAAGGCGAAAACCAAAAAUGUAUCUGUGACACCUGGACAUAAGAAGCGUGGGCCUUCAAAGAAGAAACCCGGUGCAGCAAAAGUUGAAAAACGCAAGACUAGGACUCCUAAAUGCAAAGUCCCUGGAUGUUUCUUGCAAGACCUUGAAAAGUCAAAGAAAUACUCUGGAAAAAAUUUAAAGCGAAAUAAGGAUGAAUUGGUUCAGAGAAUCUACGACCUGUUUAACAGAUCCGUCUGUGAUAAAAAGCUGCCAGAGAAACUACGCAUAGGCUGGAAUAACAAGAUGGUGAAAACUGCUGGCUUAUGCAGCACUGGUGAGAUAUGGUACCCAAAGUGGCGGCGCUUUGCCAAGAUCCAGAUUGGCUUGAAAGUCUGCGACUCUGCAGACCGAAUCCGGGAUACCUUGAUCCAUGAAAUGUGCCAUGCUGCCUCCUGGCUGAUUGAUGGUAUCCAUGAUUCUCAUGGUGACGCAUGGAAGUAUUAUGCCAGGAAAUCCAACAGGAUACACCCGGAGCUGCCCAGGGUCACCCGUUGCCAUAACUAUAAGAUUAACUACAAGGUCCAUUAUGAAUGUACUGGAUGCAAAAUGAGGAUUGGCCGCUACACCAAAUCGUUGGACACCAGCCGCUUCAUCUGUGCCAAAUGCAAGGGGUCUCUGGUCAUGGUGCCAUUAACUCGGAAAGAUGGGAGCCGUAUUGUGCCCCACGUGUGACCAUUUGCUGUGUAUGUGCAGAAGUAUUAUAGAAAAAUUAUGCAGGAGAUGGCUAGGAUUAGCCUUGGGGAUGUGAUGAAAACACUUGGCAGGAAUUACAAGGCAAUGAAGAAUUCUUAAGGUUAUCUUAGAGUAUAUUAAUGUGAGCUAUAUCCUUUACUGGUAAGAAGUUUUAGAAAAGUUUGUUUUGUGAAGUUAGGAAUAUUAGAAUUUAGGUACUGUUAAGUAAGUAAUGUUAGAAUUUAAGAUUCAUGUUAUUAACGAUGAUUGACCUUAAACAGGGACUCUAUUGCUAACCAUUCUGUGCCCUUGACAGGGUAUUUCUGAAGCCCUUGGGAUCUACCUUGGGUCUUACUUGAGUUCCAUAUUUUUCACAUGUAGAACAAAAUGCAAAAGAAAAGUGAGUUUUCAAGAGUGGCAGGUUGAGAGAGGAGAAUGCUGGAAAGAGGACAAGUUUGAGAGGCAACACUUAAACACUAUAGGGCUACUGUGGCAUCUAUGUAGACAGGAAAGACAAACGUGUUUCAGAAAAUUCGUUGUUGAUGGUAUUGAUUGAAACUAUCUGAGCCAUGUAAUCAAAAAAUAAAAGUUUUCUGCAUCUUGCUUGUUA